AUGCGCGUGCUGGCGCGCGCCUUCUGCCGGCUGAAGACGACGCUGCCGUGGGUGCCGGCCGACACGAAGCUCAGCAAGCUGGACACGCUGCGGCUGGCCGCCUCCUACAUCGCGCACCUGCGCGCCAUCCUCACCGACGAACCGGCGCCGCCCUCCGCCCAGCACCCGCUCAACCUCACGUGGCCGUUCAGCUUCCAGCAGCAGACGGCGUCCGCCCCCGCGGCGCCGGCGCCGGCGCAGCCGCAGCCCGCCCCCGCGCUGCCGCCUCCGGCUGGGGGCGGCGCCGAGCUGCAGUGCGCCGCUGCCGCGGGCUGGCCGCCGGCCGCCUGCCGCCCCCACUUGCCGCCCUCGCCCUCCUCCUCCUGCAGCGCCGACGGCGACGGCGACGGCGACGCCGACCUCGACGAGGACGACUGCCCACUCUUCCACCGCCAGCACCAGCUACAUUGUUUCAUACACGAGGACCUCCAGAUGCCUCCCACAGGAAAAGAUCGACUGUGGGCUGAUAAGGACAUCGUGGUGGGCGUACAACUGGCCCACCGCGAACAAUCCAGCGGCCCGGAAAGGCUGCCUGCAGACGUGCCCUCACCUGUGUGCUGA